AUGAUGGAGAGGGGGGAGAGAGGGGAGGGAGAGGAGGAGAAAGAGGGGGGAGAGAGGGGAGGAGAAAGAGAGGGGAGCGGAGAAAGAAGGGGGAGAAAAAGGGGUGGGUGGGUGGGAGAGGAGAGAGAGGAGCUAGAGGAGAGAGAGGAGAGAGAGGAGCUAGAGGAGAGAGAGGAGCUAGAGGAGAGAGAGGAGCUAGAGGAGAGAGAGGAGCUAGAGGAGAGAGAGGAGCUAGAGGAGAGAUGGGAGAGAGAGGAGCUAGAGGAGAGAGAGGAGCUAGAGGAGAGAGAGGAGCUAGAGGAGAGAUGGGAGAGAGAGGAGCUAGAGGAGAGAUGGGAGAGGAGAGCGAGGAGCUAG